AGGUUAGCCUAAUGGUUAGGAGCAAAUGGAUGAUUUUAGACGACCGUACGAUCCACCAUCGUGGGACGAACAUCAGGCAUACGAAGAGCUCGUGUACUGGUACGACUUGAUACAGCGCGGUCGUCGUCUCCACCCACACGAAUAUGAGAGAUACGAGGAUCUACGAUAUUGGUAUGACUGUUUGUGUUAUGAGGAGGAACUUAGACAAUAUCAUGACUACGUCGCCAGUCUCCAGAGAUAUGAAGAAGAGCAUCCCCGACCGGAAACAGUAUGCCAUCCAAACUUUACAAAUAUAACCUCGCGACUGUUUGUCAGCGACGAUCUCCACGUGAUGAGCAAGCAUGCUACCGUCUACCCCUCGGCCGAGGAGCUGGAGGCUGUCCAGAACAUGGUCUCUCACAUCGAGUGUGGCCUCAAGACGGUCUCUGAUUGGAUGAAUGAACAGGAAUUGUGCAAAGCCCCUGAAAGUGAUCAGACUUUGCGGAAACUUCGUGGAGUCUAUAGGGUGGGUCUUGUCGCCAAGGGGCUGUUGCUAAAGGACGAUUUGGACUUGGAACUAGUUUUGCUCUCCCAAGAUAUUCCGACGACUGCGCUUCUCAUGAUUGUCUCGGGCAAACUCUCUGAACUUAUAAAGACCAUCACUGAGGAUAAGUACGUCAUAACCCCGGUCAUCAAAGAAGCAGCCAUCGUUAUCAAACGUGUGGCGGAGCCGAUCUUGACGUUAACCGUCCGCCUGACAUCGCCGAAGGUCAGGGAGCACGCCGAGAGAGACGCGGACGGAGAACCGCAAUCAGUCGACGACGCGCUGGACACGCUGGACAGGCAGAAAUGUCUGGCUGCUUUGGCGACGCUCCGCCAUGUCAAGUGGUUUCAGGCUAAAGCCAGCCAGCUGAAUUCGUGCGUUAUCGUCAUCCGCGUCAUGAGAGAUCUUUGCACCCGUGUUCCCACCUGGACACCUUUCAAAGGAUGGGCUCUUGAGCUACUGUGUGAAAAAGCCAUUGCCACAUGCGAAAGGGAGUUGAGUCCAGGAGAGGCCCUACGGAGAGUCCUUGAGUGCCUUGCAUCAGGAAUCUUGUUAAAUGACGGUCCAGGCAUCGCAGAUCCAUGUGAGAGAGAACCUGUGGAUGCAGCCAGCUAUCUUAACCAGCAGCAACGGGAAGAUAUCACACAGAGCGCACAGUUUGCCUUGCGAUUGGCUGCUUUCGGCCAGAUUCACAAAGUGCUGGGGAUGGAUCGUUUGUCCCCGAAAAACAGGAUGUGUAAAGAGUACGACCCCAACAUCACAGCUCAAAUCCCGGGGGGGGCUGCGUGUGCCACUGCGGCAAAGCGAUCCAUGGACGGUGACUAUGAAGUAGACGACCGAAAUCCCAACAAAAGGAAGAAAAAGUUCCAAAAGAAAGGCCCGGAGAUGAAGUCUGAACCUGCCCAGGCUCCGAACGCCCUGAUGAAGCUUAACCAGCUCAGGCCUGGGCUUCUGUACAAGUUGGAGUCUCAGACCGGCCCUGUUCACGUCCCCAUAUUCACCAUGUCCGUCGAGGUGGACGGCCAAGUCCACAGAGCCGCAGGACCUUCUAAACGUGUAGCCAAGCUCAGAGUUGCCCUUAAGGCUCUUCGGGCGUUGGGCGUGUCUGUUGGGCCGGAGACAAAACCGUGUGACCAAAAUCAGAGCCAAGAUGGAGUGGAUGACACGACAACAAGUGCAGACGCUGAUAAAACCGCCUCGGACGCAGCCCUGUCUGAUACUGUUGCCGAGCAGGUGGGUCCCAUCCUGACCCGGCACGGCAAAAAUCCCGUGAUGGAGCUGAACGAGAAACGGCGGAGCCUUAAAUACAAUCUCGUCUCCGUAAAAGGGGGGAGCCACGACAAGAGCUUUGUCAUCGAGGUGGAGGUUGACGGACAGAAAUUCCAGGGCACCGGCUCCAAUAAGAAAGUGGCAAAGGCCAACGCUGCCCUGGCUGCCUUAGAGAAGCUCUUCCCAGACGACACAGAAAACUCGAACGGCCUCAAGAAAAAAACUUUCCCUCAGACGGGCUUCGGCGCGCCGGCCGGUCUCCAGCCCAAUUCCGCAGCCGUCAGAGGCCGGGGAAGAGGGAGGGGCAGGGGACGUGGAAGAGGGUUUACAGGUGCUAACUCUUUUCAAACAGGCACAACCGGUGGAGCAGCUGAGUGGGCAUCUACAGCUGGCAUGGCUCCAGCUAACCCCCCCCCUCCAGCGGCCGUGAAUUCUUAUUACCCCGCCGGGGGCGUCGCAGGACCUCAGAAGGGGCAGUCUGGCCCCGCUGUCACCGCGGUGGGGGAAACAGGGACAUACCAGGCUGUCCCUCCGCCAUCCCAGGGUUACUACAGUCAGUACAGCCAAACCUACUCCCAGUUUAGGAAACCUCCCCCCGAGCACGCCCCGCUGGUGGGGCCCGACUACGGUUACGGCGCCGUGCCGGCCCAGGGCGCGGGCGUGGGGUCCCCGGACUACGGCUACGGAGGAUUUGGCAGCCAGUCCACUUUCAACUCGAUGGGACCAACUUCUCAGGGUUAUGGGAUGACCCCGAGCGCGUACCCAAACUUGGGAGGGUACAGCAGUGGAGUGGAAAAUAUGGAUUACACAUACAGAUAGAAGGACCCUCCUUUUC